ACCUGUUCUUUAUUUUGAAUCUCUUUUCUUUUAGUUAAUCGUCUUACAACUGAGAUUAUACCUUUUGGCAUACCUCCCAGCCCUCGUAGAAGGUGUGGCUAUUGUAUUACUAACAACGAGCUCAUACUCUGUGGCGGAACAAGUCCAACUGAGAGGGUUUAUGAUGGAAAGAAACACUUGAUACUUCAUGAUCAUUCUGACACAUUUGUAUUGUCCUUAUUACCAACGCUACAGCAGUUGUGUAUGAUGGUUGUGAAAGAACUUCACUUAAGUACAGCUGGUCUUCCUAUACACAUUAGACAAGAAUUACAAAAUAUUUAGAUUCGUCUAGGUGAUAGUCAUUUGAGCUUCUCUCAUUCGUAUUGACUUUUCAUUAAAAUAAUGUCUGUUGACAAGUUUGAUUUGUAUUAGUUAAUAAUUUAAUAUAAUAGAAAUUAUUUUUACACGUGUUUCUAGCGAUUCUAUUGGUCGCUUAAGACUUUUAGCCACGCCCAACACAAUGAAAUGUAAAAAUAUGUAAACAAAUCUCGCAAAAAGUCAAUGGCUGCAUUUAAAAGCAAUGACGCUCCUUUUGCGGAGAGGCCCUCCACUUUCAGAGGCUAUAAGUGGACCAACUGGGAGGACUGUGGGUUUUCAGACAGAGUCAAUCACGCAAUGAGCUCUGACAAUGGAUCUGCCUAUGCUCUUGGUGGAUUCAGCGGCAGAGGGAAGUCCAUGAGAACCAACGAGUCCUGGAAUGACCUUGGAGACGUACCAUUAGAUGUACAGAGGUUCGAUACUGAUUCAUCAACGUGGGACAGGAUAUAUCCUCCUAAAGAAGUUGAAAUACACAUACCUUCUACUACUAACAGCAGAAUAGACUGUCCUCCUGUGGACUACAGUGAAUUCAUAUCAGGACGUUAUGCUCAUUCCUGCAUAUACUACAGGGGGAAACUCUACAUGUAUGGCGGCAGAAAUGAUUAUAGGUUCUUCCUCAAUGUCGACUGUUUUGAUAUCGAAUCAAGGAAGUGGUCUGUGUUAGAAACUUCGCAGGACAAUGUGCCAUUAGGCAGAUAUGCUCAUGGCUGCACACUGAGAGGUUCAAUCAUGUUUGUCCAGGGUGGUACAAUGUUAGACGCAUCAUCACAUCAGUCAUUGAGAUACACUGAUGAUCUUCUCUCCUGUAACCUAGAGACAGGACAGUGGCAGAUUGAACCUGUCGAACCAAUACUGAACGAAGAAAAGGAACCACUCCAAGUAUUGAAAAGAGACUUUCAUUCGGCCGUUUAUACUAACGGAAGGAUUGUAGUAUUUGGAGGAAAAUGCUAUUUUCCAAAUCAGGACGACGAUGGAUUUUAUGAGUAUCUGUUUGGUACUCCUAGGUGGGCUAAGAUUAAUACAACUGGCUAUCAGCCUCCUGGUAGGCGGAGCUUGCAAGGGAUCGCGUACGGAGAGAAAUCAAUCAUUUACUUUGGAGGAUUUAGCACGAGAAAAAAGAUAUUUUAUUCCGAUCUGUUUAUUCUCGACACUGGUUAGCUUCUAAAAAA